UUAAAGAAUGAUAUAUAUGCCCAUACCCAAACCUCAAUCAUUCAGUUGUUAUAUAUACACAACGCCUUACCCCUCUAAUUUCACAACCACCACCGGGACUGCAGGGAGAAAAUUAAAAAUGCAUAUGCCCGCCAACACCCUGCUACCUCAGUACUUGUUUCCUAUUCUCUUCCUCCUCCUCGUCUCUUGGCCGGCCGGACAUGCCGACCAUCAACGUCACCCAUUUGCAUGCGACCCCAGUAACGCCGCCGUGAAGGACUUGCCGUUUUGCAAGGUUAAACUGCCAAUUGCAGAGAGAGUGAGGGACUUGCUCAGCCGGCUGACAUUGAAAGAAAAGGUCGGGCUGUUGGUGGACAAUGCGACGGCAGUGCCCCGCCUGGGGAUGCUGGGGUAUGAAUGGUGGUCGGAGGCUCUUCAUGGGGUCUCUAAUGUGGGUCCUGGAACCAGAUUCGGUGGUGACUUCCCUGGCGCCACCGCAUUCCCUCAGGUCAUCACCACCGCUGCUUCCUUCAAUGCGUCUUUAUGGGAAGAAAUCGGUAGGGUGGUGUCUGAUGAAGCCAGAGCAAUGUACAAUGGAGGCAUGGCAGGAUUAACAUACUGGAGCCCAAACGUGAACAUAUUUAGAGACCCAAGAUGGGGAAGAGGCCAAGAGACUCCCGGUGAAGACCCAAUAGUCGCCGGUGAAUACGCCGCCAGAUAUGUCAGAGGACUGCAGGGCAACCUCCCUGGUGACCGCCUCAAGGUGGCUGCGUGUUGCAAGCACUACACUGCCUACGAUCUUGAUAACUGGAGUGGGGUCGAUCGCUUCCAUUUUAAUGCCAAGGUAAGCAAGCAGGAAAUGAAAGAUACAUUUGAAGUACCAUUCAGAGAAUGUGUGAUGCAAGGGAAGGUGGCAAGUGUGAUGUGCUCUUACAAUCAAGUCAACGGGAUUCCAACCUGUGCUGACCCUAGACUUCUUCGUGACACCAUUCGUGGGGCUUGGGGACUCAAUGGGUACAUAGUCUCAGAUUGCGACUCUGUUGGAGUAUUGUUUGAUAAUCAACACUACACUGCCACCCCUGAAGAAGCUGCUGCAGAUGCAAUCAAAGCAGGUUUGGAUUUGGACUGUGGGCCAUUCCUAGGAAUCCACACACAGGGUGCAAUGGAUCGAGGUCUGUUGAAGGAGACUGAUGUGGACAGUGCAUUGGUGAACAGCCUUACAGUUGAAAUGAGACUAGGGAUGUUUGACGGAUCAGGGGAUGAUGUGUUUGGUAAGCUUGGGCCAAGGGAUGUGUGCACCCGAAGCAAUCAGGAGCUUGCCCUGGAAGCAGCAAGACAAGGGAUUGUUCUUCUCAAGAACCAUGGGCCUUCACUGCCUUUAUCCCAAAGACGCCACCGUAGUGUUGCUGUUAUUGGGCCUAAUUCAGAUGUAACCGUGACAAUGAUCGGAAACUAUGCUGGUAUUGCAUGUGGAUACACAACUCCUCUCCAAGGAAUGGGGAGAUACACACGAACCAUUCACCACAGGGGUUGCUCCAACGUGAAUUGCAAGAAUGCUCAUUUGUUUGGUGAUGCCAUCGCUGCAGCUCGCCAGGCAGACGCAACUGUUCUGGUCAUGGGUUUGGACCAGUCGAUAGAGGCAGAGUUCAAAGACAGAGAUGGAUUGCUUUUACCAGGUUAUCAACAAGAACUUGUAACCAAAGUUGCUGCAGCAUCAAAGGGACCCACCAUAUUGGUGGUCAUGUCUGGAGGGCCUGUUGAUGUGUCUUUUGCUGAGCAUGACCCUAAAGUCAGUUCCAUUCUUUGGGUUGGGUACCCUGGCCAAGCUGGAGGCACUGCCAUUGCUGAUGUGUUGUUUGGAACACAUAAUCCAGGAGGAAAGCUACCAAUGACUUGGUAUAAACAAGAUUACCUCUCCAAGGUGCCAAUGACAACAAUGGACAUGAGAUCAAACGAAGCAACGGGUUACCCAGGUCGGACUUAUCGUUUCUACAAAGGCCCCCUUCUUGUGUAUCCUUUUGGUCAUGGCCUCAGCUACUCUAAUUUCAUUCACACGCUCGCUACUGCUCCUGCAAUUUUCACGGUUCCAGUUGACGGCCGCCAUAGGAAUACAACAACAACUACUACUAACAAUGCAAUAAGGGUGACGCAUGCCAAGUGUGGUGGCCUUUCUCUUGGUCUACAAGUGGAUGUUAAGAAUACAGGGUCUAAAGAUGGGUCACAUACGCUGCUUGUGUACUCGACCCCACCGGUUGGUCACUGGGGUCCACACAAACAGCUGGUGGCAUUUGCGAAGGUGCAUGUGCCAGCUAGGACACAGCUCAGGGUGCCUAUAAACAUUCAUGUCUGCAAGUUCUUGAGUGUUGUUGACAGGUCUGGUGUUAGGAGAAUUCCUAUGGGUCAACAUAGUCUUCACAUUGGCGAUAUCAAACAUCUUCUCUCCAUUCAAUCGACUCCCCUAGGGGUGAUCAAGUCCUAAAUUUUUGCUGGAUUUUGGCAUUCAUAAGCACAAAUAUAAAAGUAUACCUCAAAUAUCAGACGGGAGGAUAGAUGGAUGAAUCUUCUCCACUAUAUAUAACUUCAAUUGCUAAAGAUUGGCAAUAACAAAGGUUGCUCGGCUCAUUCAAUUACAGAAUUAGGCAAAAUACGAAAACUUAAGUAGAAGGUUCUUUUCAUUUUGAUUAGUAUAUUUUUUAGGUUAAAAUAUGAACAACUUGAAUUGGGUCAAA